AUGGCCCUCCCGCCCACCUUUCAAUCACGCGGUGCUUAUAUGUGUAGCAUUGGGUUCGGCUUCGAUUCCGUGACUGAUGACUACAAGGUUGUGAGGAUUGUAUAUCUCGACGGACUUAAUUUUGAUCAAAAUUAUCCUCCGGAGGUUGAGAUUUUCAGUCUGAGCACAGGCACAUGGCGGAACAUCAGCCAUUUGGAUCUUCCAUAUACCAUCUGCAAGUAUGCUCCCCAGGCUUACGUGAACGGGGCUGCACAUUGGCUUGCUCGGGAUUGGAGAAGCAGCAGCAAUUCGUUCUUGUACUUCUUGAUCUUGUCAUUCCACAUGGGUGAUGAGGUAUUUGUCAAGAUCAAGUUGCCCGGUAAUGUUAAUGCCUUUGCUUUUAACAAUGGGGAGGAAAAUGUUCGUCUUGCCACGUUUCAAGAAUCACUCUCUCUUAUUUGUGUUGAUGUUAGUAUGACAGGCAGACAUACUUGUUGCAUAUGGGUGAUGAAAGAGUAUGGCAUAUCGGAGUCUUGGAGUAAACAAUUCAAUAUUGAUAUGCGGAAAAUUAAGAUGUUUGAGGAGUGUAGCUGGCUUUACAAGAAAAGGUGA